AUGACUGAAUGCAUUGUGGAAUCACUGUUAUCCCGCUCAUUUGGAUUGAGACCUUUUUCCGAGAAACGAGAGAUCGUCGAAGGUGGCCGUCCCACUCCUGAGUUGCAAGGACUACAUACAACAUCCAAGCGAAGUGGUAAAGUCUUUAUUCGAAGUUUUCAGACGUCAAAUUACGACAAGUACAAAUGGCUGGCAGGCUCCUCAAAAUUGAAUAAGUUAUUUUGCUGGCCGUGUCUUUUGUUCAACUCAACAGACAAGACAGUCUUGUGCAAGAAGGGAUACGAUGAUUUGGCCAACCUGUGUAAUGCCGUCAACAGACACGAGAAAACGAAGACACACUUGUCCAGUUGCCUAAUGAAUGCCAGUUUUGGGCGUACACGCAUCGACAUGCAGCUAGACGAACAGGAUCGUCAACACAUCUCAGCUCACAACUUGGUGGUACACAAGAAUAGAGAAGUACUUCGCCGUUUCAUUGAUGUUGUUUGCUUUCUUGGCAAACAGGAACUUUCUUUCAGAGGUCGGGUGGAGCUGGAGGAGUCUGCCAGCAGGGGCAAUUACGUCGAAUUGAUAAAACUGCUAAGUGCAUAUGACCCCACGCUUGAACAGCAUCUUCAUACAGCAACCGUGUUUUCUGGACUUUCUAAUCGUAUCCAGAACGAUUUGAUUAUUGCUGUCAAGGACGUUAUGUUGAAAGCAAUAAAAGAUGAAGUGAUGAGGAGCCCAUUUGCCCCUAUUUCCCUGGAUGAAACCUCCGACGUUAAGACCUUAUCGCAGCUAACAACUAUAGUUCGCUAUGUCAACCCAGAUGGUAAAGCUAUGGAGCGCUUUCUUGGAUUUACCGAUGUAAGUGAGGAUAGAACUGCGGCUAGAAUGAAACAAGAAGUCGGUAAAACCCUGAACGAGUACGGAUGCGGCGAAAAACUGAUUGCCCAAACGUAUGACGGUGCGAGUGUGAUGUCAGGAGAACUGUCCGGUUUGCAAACACGAGUAAGAGAAGACUAUCCACAUGCUCUUUUUAUCCACUGUUGCGGACACGCAUUAAAUUUGGUCCUUGUUCAAGCUGUCUCGUCAACUAAAGAGUGUCGUAUAUUUUUUAAAACCGCCACUGGUCUUUCAUCCUUUUUUCACGCCUCGUCCAAGAGAACAUACCUGUUGGACACAGUUGUCGGCAGACGCAUUCCCACUGGAACAGCUGUUCGAUGGCACUAUCAGAGCAGGUUAAUCCAUGCUGUACUGGAGACAAGAGCAAAGCUGCUCGAAGUUUUCGAAUACAUCAUCGAAAAUGAUGACGAGUUUGACGGUACGAUGUUAAACGAAGUGAGGGGCUACCGACAAGUUCUUGCAGAUUUCCAGUUUGUGUUCUGCCUUAAAAUAUUUUCAGAAAUAUUUGGUCUUACGGAUGUUUUGUAUAAUAUCAUUCAGAGUAAGCAGUUCGAUAUUGUCUUCUGUGUCACGAAAGUUCGCGAGACGAAAGAUAAGAUUCAAGAACAACGAACAAAAUGCGUAGAUUAUUGGAAUUUUACGUCAAGUAUCGUCAAAGUAGCACUGAAACGCGGGCAAAGUGAAGAGGAUGUAAAGGCGUCCUUCCGUCAAAUGUUUUUCUGUGUAGUCGAUACCGUUGUCGUGCAGAUUGACUCUAGAUUCGAAAGUCUUAACAGCAGAGCAUUCGUUUCUUUGUUGGAUCAUUCAAAGCACGAAUUGUACAGCCGGAAUUUUCCCGAACGAGAGCUGCAAUCGUUGCAAGAUUCAUAUGGAACAUUCUUUAAUCUUCAAGCACUAAAAAAGUGA